AUGGGGGACGCAAUUUUCACCAACGGGACCGCGGAGAAUGGAUUUGCUGAAAUGUUCAGCGACCACAUAAAAGGAAUCGGAAGAAUGUUCUACAUACAUUCACCAAAAGACACCAUGUAUGAAAGGAAGGAGGACGUACCAAACUUUUUUAGACAAUCAUGGCCGUAUUUCAUCCUCUUUAUGAUAAUGGAGCACAUAGUCCUAAGGCUGAAAGGAAAGCCAGGUAUUAGGCUGAAUGAUGGCAUAACUAGCAUAUCAAGUGGGAUCUUACAGGAAUGUGGAAGGCUUGUUUGGCGUGGGGCGGAGUCUUAUAUAUACACAUGGAUAUACGUGAAUUUUAGACUAGUGGAUCUACCAUGGGAUCAUACGUUAACGUGGUAUGCUGCGGCGCUUGGUGUUGACUUCUGUUAUUAUUGGAUGCACAGAGCCUGUCAUGAGGUUCACAUAUUAUGGGCACAGCAUCAAGUUCAUCACACGUCAGAAGAUUUUAAUAUGGGUGUUGGCAUACGGCAGUCUAUGUUGCAAGGAUGGUGUGGAUUUAUUUUCUACUUACCUCUGGCGCUGGUUAUACCACCAGCACAAUUCGUGAUGCACCAUCAAUUCAGCUACCUUUACAUGUUCUGGAUUCACACCGAAGCAGUCAAAAGCUUGGGACCUCUCGAGUACAUACUUAACACACCUAGUCAUCACAGAGUGCAUCAUGGUAGCAACAAAUACUGCUUAGAUGUAAACUAUGGUGGAGUUUUAAUUAUUUGGGACCGAAUCUUUGGUACCUUCAGACCAGAAACAGAUAAGUUUGAAAUCGUUUACGGACUCAUCUACAACCAGCCGUCUUUUAAUCCUGUUUACUUGCAGACGUUUUACAGUAAAUAUGUAGUUGAAAAAGUCAGAAAAAUGGACACAUUUGGUAACAAGGUUCGAGCCGUGUUGUGGGGACCAAGUUGGGAACCAGGUACUCCACGAUUGGGCGAUGAGGACGAAAAGAUUGAUGUGGAAAAUAGAGAUAAGUACGACGUCCAACUGCCAAUCUGGUGCAAUAUUUACCUUGUGGCACAUCAUGCAGUAGUCCUGUAUGGUUUCUUUGAAUUAGCUUCUAAGUAUAUGGGAAUGACUCCAAUCUCAGUUCUCAUCUUUGUUUUCUACAUCAUCGCUUCCUUGUCCGUCAUCGGAAUGCUCUUUGACAACUCCAAGAACGCAGCUGUUCUCGAAGUAAUAAGAUGUUCAGCGUUGGCGUUCCUCACACGAAGUGUGGCCGUCACCAGCCCCGGAUUAGCUACUGCACUUCAGAUAUUUUACGUCACAUCUGCCAUGUUCUGGUGCCUAAAUAUUCUUAAAUUUUUAGAAAUCAAAAUAACAAAGAAAUUGGAUUAA